AUGGGGCCGCCCACUGCGGACAGUAUUACAUUGAUCAUGGCAUUUCGUUCCGAGGGAUUGCUAGUAGCCCACGAUGCAAUAGCACGGCACUGGGCAGGGAAAAUGCUGGGCAGGUAUCGCAUAGCGGAGAAAAUGUUGUACAUGAUUAUUGCCGUCACAGGAGUUCCCGUGAAUUUACUGGCGAUUGUGAUCCUGACCCGGGGAAAGUGCGGCCUCUCCGUCUGCACCACACGCUACCUGGUGGCCAUGGCAGCGGCCGAUCUACUGACCAUUGUCUCCAUGGUGAUUCUGCAUCGGAUCAAUUAUUAUUACUUCCCAGUAAGUUUCCUACACAUCACCCCUGUGUGCAGUGUGAACGAUGGGCUGACGUUCAUAGCCGCAGACUGUUCCGUCUGGUUCACCGUCACUUUCACCCUAGAUCGGUUUGUCGCCAUUUGCUGCCGGAAGCUGAAAACAACAUAUUGCACCGGGAAAAGUGCGGCUGUGGUUCUGACAACAACCGGCGUUCUGCUCUGUCUGAAAAAUAUUCCUCGCUAUUUCACUGUGGAACCCGUAGUGAUCAUCGGCAAUAUACCCUGGGGCUGUCCUCUGAUAGACAAUUAUUACACUGACCCCGGUUGGGUGGCAUUUGACUGGUUUGAUACAAUUUUAUCUCCGUUCCUUCCUUUCGGUGUAAUUCUGCUGCUCAACACUCUGACAGCCCGGCAUAUUUUAGUGGCCAAUCGGGUCCGGAAGGGGCUGAGGGCGGAGAACAAGGGGGAGAACCGCACUGACCCGGAGCUGGAGAGCAGGAGGAGGUCUGUGGUUUUACUCUUCACGCUCUCCGGCAGCUUCAUCCUCCUGUGGCUGCCGUAUGUUACAGAAUUCGUCUAUUACCAGAUCACAGGAACUGAUCAGAAUCAGUCUGAAAUCGUCUUUCAAAGAGUAGCAUUUUUGCUGAGAACUUUCAACUGCUGCACGAACACAUUUAUUUACGCCGCGACUCAGUCAAUGUUCAGGGAGCAGGUGAAGAGUGCGGUGAAAAAUUCAGUUAUCUCAGUUCUGCAGUUCAUUACUAAAGCCACCCGCUGA